AUGGGCGAUCCAUCUUCUGUUGCUAAUUUCGGCGAAGCGACAAUUGAUCAUAUGUCGUUAGAUUGGGUGGUUGACUUUGAAAAGUCUCAAAUACGUGGUAGUGUCGUUCUCUCAAUGCGGAUGAUUCAAAAAAGUGGCAUAAUUGUAUUGGAUGGUCAUUCAUUAAAAAUAAGUAGGAUUGAAGUAGAUAACGAAAAGGUUACUUACCAGAUACAAGCAGUUCCCAAACUUGGCGAGAGAAUUGUGAUUAAUGUAGAUUUACGUGAACCUGAUGAGACAUUUAAACUCGUUAUUUUCUACCAAACAGGAGCAAACUGCACUGCACUGCAGUUUUUAGAGCCUGUUCAAACGCAUGCCAAAUUAAAACCGUAUUUAUUUAGUCAGUGUCAAACUGUUCAUGCUCGGUCUAUUGUUCCUUGUAUGGAUACACCUAGCGUGAAACAGACUUAUGAUGCCAUGGUUACAGUGCCCAGUGAUUUGGUAUGCCUCAUGAGUGCAAUUAGUGUGGGUGAACCAGAAAAUCUUGGAGAAUUCAAAAAAUAUUCAUUUAAGCAAUCAGUGCCUAUUCCAUCUUAUCUUUUAGCGAUUGUUAUUGGAUUAAUGGAAAAACGAGAGCUAAGUAUACGUUCUGCGAUUUGGGCCGAACCUACAAUUAUUGAAAAUGCGUUCUCUGAGUUUGCUGGAACGGAAAAGUUACUUCAAACAGCAGAAAACUUGAUGGGGAAGUAUGAGUGGCAAAGAUAUGAUCUGGUCGUGCUUCCAUUGUCUUUUCCCUAUAGUGGUAUGGAAAAUCCAUGUUUAACUUUUCUAACACCUUCAUUGAUAGCGGGUGAUCAAUCCGCAGUCCAUGUAAUUGCUCAUGAAAUUUCACACAGUUGGACGGGAAAUUUGGUUACAAAUGCAAAUUGGGAACAUUUCUGGUUAAAUGAAGGUUUCACUACUUUUUUUGAACGUAAAAUAACCGAGAUAUUAGAAGGAAAACAACAGCGACAUUUUGAAGCUCAAUGCGGUUGGGAAGCGUGCUUGGCUAUUAUGAAAGAACAAUAUUCUUGUGACCAUCCUCUUACAAAACUAAUACCUGACUUAAGAAAUAGACAUCCAGAAAAUGCAUUCUCAUUAAUACCAUACGAAAAGGGUUCAGCUCUUCUCAUGUUCCUGGAGGAAAAAAUAGGUGCUGAACCAUUCAUCGAGUUCCUAAGAGCAUACAUUCAAAAUUAUGCUCGAAAAUCAGUUGUUACUGAAGAUUGGAAGAAUUAUCUCUAUUCUUACUUUCCGCAGCAUAAAAAUAUGUUUGAUGCUAUCGACUGGGAUAAUUGGUUUUAUGGAACAGGGAUUCCUAAAACAAUGCCACAAUAUGAUGAAACAGCUAUGAAUCAAGUCGUGUUACUGGCAAAGAAGUGGGCGGACUUGGGAGAUAAUGAAUUGGAAGAGAUCGAUGGCUCUGUAUACUUUUCGAUGUCCUCGCUUCAGAAAACCAAAGUUACAGAUUACUUACGACUGAAAGUUCAUGCAAUUUCGCAUGAAAAACUGGUACGUCUGGAUGAUGUAUGUGGACUCUCAGAAUCGAGGAAUAGCGAUAUUUUAUCAAGUUGGAUUUUGUUGGGUUUGAAGAACCAGUGGCGACCGAUCGUUCGCUUAGCUUUGCAUUUUAUCGCAAGUCAAGGGCGAAUCAGUUAUUUGCGACCAAUUUAUAGAGCAUUAUUCCAUUGGUCAAAAAAUCGCCGUAGAGCCAUUCACGCAUUUCAAAGUAAUGCUUCCUUCAUGCAUCCAAUUACAAAAGCGAUAGUUGCGGAUCUAAUCCCGAAAUGUGAACCAAAGAUACAUACUUCCUAA